AAUUUACCACAGGUGACUCCAAUUACUGUCUAUUGUCCUGGUAACCCUAGGAAGAGAAUGAGGUACUUUGAUCCUCUGAGGAACGAGUAUUUCUUUGACAGGAACCGGCCCAGUUUCGAUGCCAUCCUGUAUUACUACCAGUCAGGAGGGAGGCUGCGCCGGCCGGUUAAUGUCACUCUAGACAUAUUUUCAGAGGAGAUCCGCUUCUACGAGCUGGGAGAGGAGGCCAUUGAGAUCUUCAGAGAGGAUGAGGGCUUCAUUAAGGAAGAAGAGCGUCCUCUCCCGGAGAACGAGUUCCAGAGACAGGUGUGGCUGCUGUUUGAGUAUCCGGAGAGUUCCGGCGCGGCCCGCAUCAUCGCCAUCAUCAGCGUCAUGGUGAUCCUGAUCUCCAUCGUGUCCUUCUGCCUGGAGACACUCCCCGUGUUCCGGAACGACCACGAAGAAAACAAGGUGUUCCAGCCCUUCAACAACUCCACCUCUUCCUCCACCUCCUCCUACUUCUCCGAUCCGUUCUUCAUCCUGGAGACGCUCUGCAUCAUCUGGUUCUCCUUCGAGUUCCUGGUCCGCUUCUUCGCGUGUCCUAGUAAAGCCGGGUUCUUCGGUAACAUCAUGAAUAUCAUCGAUAUUGUGGCGAUUAUCCCGUAUUUCAUCACGUUGGGCACCGAGCUGGCAGAGAAACCGGAGGACGGGCAGGCAGGGCAGCAGGCCAUGUCCCUGGCCAUCCUCAGGGUCAUCCGGCUGGUCAGGGUGUUCAGGAUCUUCAAGCUGUCCAGACACUCCAAGGGGCUCCAGAUCCUGGGCCAGACCCUGAAGGCCAGCAUGCGGGAGCUGGGCCUCCUCAUCUUCUUCCUCUUCAUCGGAGUCAUCCUCUUCUCCAGCGCUGUUUACUUCGCCGAGGCCGACGAGGCCGACUCCCAGUUCAGCAGCAUCCCAGAAGCCUUCUGGUGGGCCGUGGUUUCUAUGACCACCGUCGGCUACGGCGACAUGGUGCCCACCACCAUCGGCGGGAAGAUCGUCGGAUCGCUCUGCGCCAUCGCCGGCGUGCUGACCAUCGCCCUGCCCGUCCCCGUCAUCGUGUCCAACUUCAACUACUUCUACCAUCGGGAGACGGAGGGGGAGGAGCAGGCGCAGUACCUGAACACACCCAGCCUGCCCAAGGCCGACUCAGCAGAGGACCUGAAGAAGAGCAGCCACUGCGGGAGUGGAUCCACCCUCAGUAAGUCAGACUACAUGGAGAUACAGGAAGCUGCAAUGAACCACAGCACUGAAGACUUCAGAGCAGAAAGCCUGAAGACAGGCAACUGCACCCUGUUGGCUAAUGUUAACACACUAGGUAACGCUAACACCUUGGGUAACGCUAAUGCACUAUCUAACGCUAACACGCUGGCUAACACAAACUGUGUCAACAUCACCAAGAUAAGAACGGACGUAUAGCUGGAUUCAGGCGGGAUAACACCAACUUGCUGGGCUGUCGGGGUGGAAAGAGAACUCGAAGGAAAUUGUAGAAGACGGUGGAGGACUGAGGAAAGACCCUUCCUCUCUCUGAUGUUGUAGAAGGCUUGGAGCCCCUACUGUCCAGACUAGAUCGCUGAAACUCUGAUAGAGGCCAUGCAAGGUGGACCUUAGGCCCCCAUCUUAACCCCCAAACGGACCAGUUCCUAACUCAA